AUGGUCACGAGUCGACAGCGAUGGUCACAGGCAGGUGAGUCACGGGCUGUACAUGCGAUGGUUGGAUCUUCGCCGGUGGCCAUUAACUUUGGUGUGACCUUGGUUGGUACGUUUGUUUUUGGUAUAUUGUCGGAGGAACACCCCAGUUUUGCCAAGGAAUCGAGUCGCGGGAUUGAAGACAAGGUACCAAGCUUGUUGUCCCAUUCUAUAUGUAAGAUCUGUAUUGACAUGUAUAACCUGCUUAAGAAUAUUGCCAGUACUUUUCAUCCGGAUAAUGCAAAAUUCUGA